ACACCUAGUCAUUGACUGAUAAGAAGUCAAGGUGUGUAAGUAGGGCAUUAGAACAACAGAUGUUAUGGUGGUGACUCUUCAGAAAACAUAUUAUUUUCACCGGUGAACACCAGUAGAGUAAAUAAAUCUCGUUAUUUAGUAAUCUUUAUUUAGAUAAAAUCUUACUAAGGCAACCUUGGAUAAUUCUGUUCUAAGGGCUUCACUACAACUCAAAUUAAGUUUAAUGACUUGGACUUGCGAGCGUAUUCACGAUGAAUGGACAAACGAUAGCACACACAAUUUAGCUAAUUACGCUGAUAAGAUACAGGAAAAACAAUAGAUGGCUCGGAAACCGCCAAACGUAUAUAAGUUUCAUGCGUAUAGAGCGGAAGUGUUAUUCUAAAAUGAUAUCUAAAAUGGUAAACUACGCGUGUAAGUUCAUAAUACUUCACUUACUUAACAGUUUGGUGAGUACAAGUUCAUUUCCCACCAUUAACGACACAACGAAUACCACUGCGCAGCGAAAUAAACCUGAUGGACGCAUAGUGGGUGGCACAGAGGCAUACAUCUAUCAAUUUCCAUAUCAAGUUUCCAUACAACAGGAAGGUGCGCAUCGUUGCGGUGGCGCAGUUUACAGCCAAACAAUUAUAGUGAGCGCAGCACAUUGCUUCGAGUUGUGGGAUAUGCCAGAAUUGUAUGCUGUGCGUGCUGGUUCAACAGAGCAUGCAAGCGGUGGCGUUUAUUUGCCGGUCCGGCGCAUCAUCGUACACGCGCAAUUCAAGCCACCUAAUGGCAUAGAUAAUGACAUCGCAGUCUUGGCAUUGGCAUACUCCUUACCCUUUAAUAUCUAUAUUCAACCAAUACCAUUGGCGACUAGAGCGGAUAUGACGACAGCAAUACAAACCGUCUACUAUGUCAGCGGUUGGGGUGCAACUGUGGAGGGAUCACGUAUGAAAGCACCACGUUUGCGCUUUGCCGCAGUACGAGCAGUUCAGCAGAAUGCCUGUAAGGCGGCACUAGCUGGUAUAGUGUCUGUCACAGGAGGUAUGUUGUGCGCUGGUGUGCCAGGUGGUGGACAGGAUAGCUGUCAGGGUGAUUCCGGCGGUCCUUUGGCGGGCUACUUGCGUGGACGGUUGGUAUUGGUUGGAAUCGUGUCGUUUGGUGUCGGCUGUGGGAGACCAAAUUAUCCUGGAAUUUAUACACGAGUGGCCGAAUACGUGGAUUGGAUAGAUUUUGCGGCGAGUCGUAUUUGAAAUGUGUGAUGCGGUGUAAA